AUGUGUACCUACAAGGAUUUUAUGAAUUGCAAACCUAAGAGCUUCCAUGGAACGGAAUGGGUCGUUAGCUUGACCUGGUGGAUUGAAAAGACAGAAUCAGUAUUUCAAAUAAGCUUUUGUCCUGACGAAUGUAAGGUACGAUUUGCUGCGUGUACCUUCGCUGAUGGAGCACUUACAUGGUGGAACAACCAUGUGAAUACAACAGGUAUUGAUGCCGCCAAUUCCAUGCAAUGGGAAGAGAUGAAGAGGAUGCUAGUAGAGGAGUAUUUUCCCAGGGAGGAAAUACAUAAGUUGGAACAAGAAUCGUGGACCCUAACCAUGAAGGUUUCAGAGAUAAAUGCUUAUACCGCUAGAUUCAAUCAUCUUGCGGUGAUGUGUCCAGCACUAGUAACCCCCGAAUAUAAGAAAAUUGAGCGAUAUAUCUGGGGUCUAGCAUUGCAAAUAAAAGGAAUGGUGAUCGCAUCGAAUCCUACAAACAUAUAA